CACGUCCAGAGACACAUGGGACCGGCAUCUUGGGUUAAUGAAUGACCAAAAAGCUGGGCAUGGGAGGAAGGGUCGAGGCGAUGCACCUACUCUGAGUCCCUUAAAAACAGAGCCCACCGUCCCACCAGGUUCUCAAGACCUUCCGGCACUGAGCCACCAUGAAGCUCCUCUUUCUCACUCUGGUUUUGGCCACUUUCACGGGGUCCCAGGCGUUCGUCCUCCGCGAUGAGUCCUAUCCUCAGCUGGAAAAGUUGAAAGAAGACCUGCAAGAAUACCUGAGAAAUGUGACCAGUACUGUGAAUGAAAAGAUAGACUUCAUCCGAAGGUUGGAGAUCACCCAGUCGCUGGUAGACCAGCUCCACAAGGGCUACGCCAAAGUGGAGCAACGCGUGCGCGACUUGAAAACGGAGCUCCCCACGGAGGUGACCCAGGGCUAUGAACAUGUGGUUGGGGUCUCCAUGGGGCUGGUUGAGAAAGGCCUUGGUGCCUUGAGGGGCUUGAAGAACAAGGUGGCCCCUGCCACGGAUAAGCUGGCCGAGUCCUUCUAUGACAUUGUGGUCCCCUAUGCCAACGUGGUUCUGGAAAAGGUGGAUUCGUACACCGGCGCCAUGCGCCAAGCGGUCACUGAAGCCACCAGCAAAGUGCAAAACCCCAAACUGGCGGAGAAGCUGAAGCAGCUGCUGGAAGACCUGAGGAACCAGUUAGUGCCUUACACUAACCAGCUCCAAAACCAGUUGGAAGGGUUUCAGGCUUCCUUGGAGCCUCACACCAACCGGGUGCAAGAGAAGUUCAAGCAAGGCAUGGAGAGGAUCAAGCAAACUUUCCAGCCCUGGGUUGACUCCAUUCGCGAAGCUCUCCAGAGAUACACCAAGGGCUUUACGAAAUGGGUGCGCGGCUCCUCUGGGGCUUCGCAAGAGCAAUGAUGCUUUUAAAAGGGGGGGUAAAAAGCAAUGCUUUGCAAGGAAUAACAGGUGGAAACUCAGCUCCAUUCUGAAUAAAAAGUCAGCAAACAAAGGCUGUGUCUGCACUGCAGAAACGAUGCAGUUCAACGCUGCUUUAACUGCCAUGGCUCAAUGGUAUGGGAGUUUGGGAUUUGUAGUUUAUUGUGGCACCAGAGCUCUCUGACUAUAAAUCCCACAACUGCAUAGUAUGGAGUCAUGGUUGGAAAAUUAGCGUCAAACCGCAUUAAAUCUGCAGCCAAAGGGGGUACUAAUACGUCCACUAAAAAACAAAGUAGAUAUUUGUACUUUUCCCCUGCAGAUUUUUCUGACCAUAAUAAAUGAAAUGAUGUCUCUGCAAAUGUUUGGCCAGUGAGUCUCUGAAGGGGGUCCCACCCAGGAGACAGGCAGCGAGCAGAGAUCCAGUAAGACAAAAUAAAAAUGAAUAUGGUUCAAAGAUCAUUCUUCUGCUCA